UCACAUGUUACCGUGUUGUUGCAAAUAACAUGCAGUUGCCGAAAGCGGCUCUUGUGAGUCGGAUUGCAAUUCAACUCUACAGCAAAAUGAGUAGACAACUCGAGAUCAGCGUCAGACCAUCAAGAGAAACUCGAAAACAGCUUGGAAGCGGUUUACAUCGUGUUACGUCCGAGUUAUCGAAACAAAACUCUACGGUCUCUUUGUGUGAAGCUAUUUAACCUAGUUCUCGUCCGGGGACGCUUUACACCAAGUACGCAGCUGUUUCUCGUACUUGCUCAACAUGAACGUGCUUUUCUGGAAUCAGCUCCAGGCUGGAAGCUCGGAAGUGGACUGGUGCGAGGGCAAUUAUCUGAUCUACCCUGGAAUAGCGGAGUUCUACAACACGAUAAGCAACAUUCUGUUUUUCGUUCUGCCCCCAAUACUGAUGUGUCUUUUCCGCCAGUAUGCUACGCAUUUUAACAGUGGGAUCUAUCUCAUAUGGGCUCUGCUUGUAGUGGUCGGCAUUGGCUCCACGUAUUUCCAUGCCACACUGAGUUUCCUGGGACAGAUGCUGGAUGAACUGGCAAUACUGUGGGUGCUGAUGUGUGCCAUCGGCAUGUGGUUCCCCAAGCGUUACUUGCCCAAGAUGUUCCGCAGAGACAGGUCAAGGUUCAAACUGGUCGUUGGCAUUCUCUCGGGCAUCACUACCGGGCUGGCCUUCAUCAAGCCGGCCAUCAACUCGAUCUCGCUAAUGACCCUUGGGAUCCCAUGUACAGCACUGCUCAUCACCGAGCUGAAGAGAUGUGAAAACCUGCGCGUGUUUAAGCUGGGACUCCUCGCUGGCCUGUGGUGGACCCUAGCACUCUUGUGUUGGAUCAGUGACCGCAUCUUCUGUGAGAUGUGGUCGUCUGUCAACUUCCCCUACCUGCACUGCGCCUGGCACAUUUUGAUCUGCCUGGCCUCCUACCUCGGCUGUGUGUGCUUCGCGUACUUCGAUGCGGCCUCUGAGGCACCAGAGCAGGGCCCCGUGGUCAAGUUCUGGCCCAGUGAGAAGUGGGCCUUCAUUGGGGUGCCCUACGUCACCCUGCUCUGUGUUCACCGGAAGCCCUCCAUCAAGGUGACAUGACUAGACGGCACUACCCAAACAACGUUCUCCGUCUUCACUGCCCAUUUCACUGGGCGUUCCAAACAUGCCAUAGACUAGUGCUUCAAUUUUGCAAGUAUUAAUACUACUGCACGUAGUCUAGGGAACCUUGUUUAUUAGUGUUCUUCAGAAGGUCUUGAGAAGACGUUGUGUAACAUAAGCAGGCUAAACACAGAUGUUCCUGUUGCUCUGUAAGUAAAGGGUCAGUUGCCUCAAACUUACAUUUUUAUGAACCAGCAAUGCAACUGAGAAACUUUAAUUUCCUUGUGUUGACACUGGGGGGGGAAAAAAGCACAAGAGCUUAAAUGCAUAUUUUGCUUGUUUGCUGUUUGUUCACACUAAAACUACUGUUCACUUUUCAUUUUAUUUUAUUUAAUAAUUUGAGUGAUGGUUGUUCACCUUUUGAUAUUAAUGUUUUGCAGAUAUGCUAGGAUAUACUAGAUGAAUAGAAAAAAAGCUGAGCAAAAAAUGUGUACCAUGUACCAAAAAGGAAUCUAAUCAAAUUUCUGAACCAAGAACAAAUUUACAACCACUAUUUCUAAUGUUAACAAUUAUCUGUAUUAAUAGCUGACUUUUAAAAUGACCAUACCUUUAAAAUGAAAUAUAUUUGCUAUUAAUAUGGACUCAUUGAUUUACUUUCUAGUUUAAUGGCAUCUAUAGGCUGAAACAUAUCAGCCAGAUAUAUCAUAUGCACUUGUUUCAUCCCUCUGUAUGAAAACUUUUUAUACAUUGAUAUAUAUGAUAUAUGAAUGUCAUAAUUAAUUGAUUAAAUAGGUUUAAUGUGAGCCUUUUUGGCUAUUCCAUAUUGGAUUUGAGGACAUAUUCUUCUAGUUACAAAAGACUGUUUGGAUAUGUUUGAAAUGUAUUUAAAGGAAUGCUCUUCUGAGAAUGUCUGGCAAGUUUCACAAAUGGUUGUUUUUCUUUCCCCCAUGUGACUGGUGUAACUAAAGGCAUACUAUUUUUAGAAGGAUUGCUUGCUGAAAGCACUGACACGGCCUUACCUGAAGACACUGGCAUGACUUUUUUUUUUUUUUUUUUUGUCUUCUUUUGACUGAGGACAGUGAAAGCAGUGUCAAAGAUGUAAUUAUUGCACAAAUGAUCGUGUUAAACACAUUCUCAGUCAGCCAUCCUUGAAGUGUUUUUCUGUGACCUCUAACAAAAACACUCCAAUUUUUCUAUGUGGAAAGUUACUAGUCAGUGUCCCCUGAUCUUUUGUAAAGGGAGAACAAUUUUGCCAUAUCCUAAGAGAAUUGAGUUUGUGUUACUUUGCACAUACCAUGAGGGCCUUUGAUGUAUUUGAUGCCUGCCACUCAUACUUCACAUAGACCAAGCAUACAAAGAUUUUUUUCUCCUGUUUUUAAGCAAUGAAUCAUUUUAUAAGUGUUGAUGAUAAAUGACUGUUUACAAUGGAGCAAAACAUUUAAUGUCUGUAUUUUUGCAUUUUAUGUAAUAAAAGGGCGACCAUA